UGUGUGUGUGUGUGUGUGUGUGUGUGUGUGUGCGUGUGCAUGUGUGCUUGAUGAAUGUGAGCUUUAGUUUUGAGUCAGAGGCAUAAGCAAAAACCUAAAGUCUGAGAGUGUGUGUGGGAUGAGCCUCCUACCACGUCCCUCCCUGUCUCUCAUCAACUGUCUCUCUGCCUCCCCUUCAUCCUUUCCUCUUUUUUAUGUGUCAACAUUUCUUCAGAAAUAUAGAUUAACUGAUUAAUUGAUCCAUUCAUGACUUUUGUAUGUUAAAAGAUACAUUUAACCAGUUAAACUUAAGUGGAAAGCAUACCUACAGACAACAAGGUGGCAUACAGUCAAUUUAUCCCGCCCAGUAUAUAAUCUGUAUGUGCUGCAUCCUUGACUGUUUGUGUGUGUACAUUUGUGUGUACAUUUGUGUGUGUAUAUGCAUGUUUGUAUCCUUCACAGUGAUUAAAGCAAGUGGGCGGCAGCAGCAACUGGUCUGCAUAGCAGACAUGUUUCUCACUGCUAGAUAUUACUCAUUUCCUCAGCCCUUUGCACACAUAAGCACAUACACACACACUCUUGACACACACAGUCACAUACACAACAGAUACUGAGACGGAUAGCAGGCUCUCAGUUCUUUCCCUCAGUUUGGUGGGCUCGCUGGUGUUUAUUUCAUGCGCACAGAGAUCAGAGGCAGUGUGUAGCUGGGGGCUGCUGAUAUCCGCGGGUGUUGUAACUGGUGGCAUUGCUGUGGAGGAGCAGUGUAGCCCAGUGAGGAGCUCAGGAGUGGGUUGACCCUCUGGGAGGACUGGAAUAUGAAUGACUGCCAAGACUGGGACGUCGGCUCAGCCUGCACUAAGGUGAGUGGCGCUCCAGUGCAAAAGAAUCAGCAGUGAUCUGACAGGGAUGCUGUGUAGCAGCCUUCCCCUCUGUCUGCGCCCCUCGUUCUCCCGUGAGGCCCAUGUGACCUAGCCUACACCCGCACACAGGGGGCCCCCAGUGCCGCUGGAGCCCACCCAUGAAUCCCAGCCCCGACCGCGGCAAAGAGUGCCUCCCUCCCAAGAAAAGGGAGUCUCGGCAAGGAUCGUCAGAACACCACAAUCCUCUGGACGAGUUUAAACCCCCAGUGCCACUCCGGAGUCGGUCCAGCGCAGGGGGAGGGGAGGGAGGCAGGGAGGCCAGUGACAGGGACCGAGCUCUGAUUAACCCAAAUCCCCAUCUCCUACAUACUCCUCCACCCCUUCCUGCUCCAGCACCAGGCCUAGCACUGCCCCUACCAUGGCACCUGAGCUACUCUCCCUCUGUAUCUCUCCCCCUUUUCCCAGGGCAGGUCAGCGAGAGGAUGGGCUCAGGGUCUCCCGCCUGGAGAGAUGAUUCUCAUCCCUUGCCUCUGUCCCACCACUCCAGGUGGCUUAGAGGGGAUGGGCCCCUCUCCUUGCCACCCUCCCCAUCCUCCUCCUCCGCUUCCUCCUUCAAGACUCCCUUCCCAGCCGAUUCUAGAGAGAUAUGGUCCUACAUUAACAGUGGCCGGCGGGACAACAGCUCAUCUCUCUUCUCCCCAUCAUAUUUGUUUAGCCACCACUCUCUCUACCCUCAACAGCCAAGCUUUGUUGAAGCCAGACACAGAUAUUUGGGUAAGAGGCUCAACGGCCUGGAUGGGCCAGGCAGCAGGACUGCCUCAACCUCCAGGCCUCUGCUUACAGGAGAAUAUGGGAACGAUAGCAGCAGAUCACGGCUGGACAUCAGUCCACACAGCUCCCAUACCAACGGUGGACGGAGACAGCAGGAGGAUCUAACAUCCCGUGUCCAUUCUGGAGGGCCAUUUUUGUCAGACUCUCAAGCUCAGGAGGGCCCUGAGCCACAUUCCUCACUGCAGGACAGACAUCCACAUGGGAUGGUUAAGACCAGCCUACUCUCCACCAGUCCCCAUCCCCUCGGACCAGUCCCCAGGGCAGGUAGAGGGGGACUUUUGGACCCCCAAGGGGUCACACCAGCUGAAGCCCAGAUCUACUACUCCUUGGGAUCAGUGUGCCACCCCAGCCCUCAGGUCCAAGCAUACCCACUCUACAGCCCCUCAGGAACAGCUCUGUACAACCUGCACAGGGAGCCAGGACCCAGGCAGCACAAUCAAAGGAACUCACCACACUCACCCCUGGGUCUGCCUAACAGCCAUGACAGGUCACAAAGAGACCGGGACAGAGACCAGGAGAGAGACAGAGAAAAUCUUCUACAAAGGGACAGGGAGCAAGGUAAAGACAAAGAGAAGCACCUACAACGUGACAAAGACCAAGAAAGAGACAAUGAGCGCGAGAGACGACGGGACAGAGAAAGACACAGAGGUAGAGAGUCAUCUCCUUCUCAUCCUCACACCUCAGCCCCGGCCCUUCACUCAUCUCCCCCUGCGCUCCUACCUUACUUCACCAAGGGUUCUCUGAUUGAGUUGGCCAGCGGGCGGUUGAAGAGGGUGGAGGAGCUGCAGACCGAGGACUUCCUGAGGAGCGCAGAUACCUCCCCAGAGUUCCACCUCAGCACAUGCACUGUGCUGCUGAUUUCCCCCAGCAGUGCACAGGGCUUCAGCCACCUGCAGGUCCACCUCACAGACCGCAACACUCAGGAGUUACUGAAGGUCUUGGUGGAGUAUCCGUUCUUUGUGCAGGACCGAGGCUGGUCUUCUUGCUGCCCUGAGAGAACCACACAGCUGUAUGGCCUGCCCUGCCGCCAGCUCAUGGAGGGGGAUGUCUGCUUGGCUCUCACCCCCACUCCCACCCAAACUCACCGGACACACACGCGCACUGGCUCCAGGGCCCAUCGCACGCAACUCUCCUCCAGGGCUGCAGGAGAACCCAGUAGCUCGCACAGGGAGGAGAUGCCACCUCCCCCUCCUCCCCCUCCUCUUCCUCACCAUCCACCUCCUACUCUGCCGGCACCUUUACGCGCUCUGGCUGCAGAGCCUCCCGCUCAGGAGCAGCCGCGUCCACGCAAACGGCGUUGGUCUGCCCCAGAUACCCUUCCCUCAACCGGAACUGUUGAAAGCCUCCUGGAUUUACCUCAUGGCUCCAAGCUAAUGAAGUGGCAGUAGAAACUUGGAAAUGCAUACAUAUACAUGCAUAAUUACACACACACACACACACACACACACACACACAUAAGCACAUACACACCCUCCUUGUCUCUGUUGCACCCACCAUGACAAACACUGGAGAGACCUUAAGGUAGGGUUGCAGGGAAGGAAUAAAAACAAUAGAAAACGCAAUUUACGGGUGUCCACAUUGUUGCCCAAGAUAUUAACCUAGUCCAACCUAGUCUGGCCCUUGUUGCAUCUUUUAUUCCUUUCCUUUCCUUUCCCUUUCCUUUCCUUUCCUUUCCUUUCCUUUCCUUUCCUUUCCUUUCCUUUCCCUCAACCUUACUCAGCACAAUCCUGAAAGGAGCAGCAGCUGAACGAUCUCUGGAUGACUCCUUACAGACACACUGAAGACAUUUAGUGAGACAAUCAAGCACUUGUCUGUGUUCACUCUGUUUUUGUAAUGGUUGUCCCAAGCACCUACUUACUGACAGUGUUUUCUGCAGGGUUUUCGAUUUUCAAUCAGUGUUAUGAAAGUAAACGCUAUUGAAGAAGUGCAGAUAUAUAUGAACAAAAGUUGACUAUAUAUAUUACAUUACAGAUGUUAUAUUCAGUAAAUAUGCUAAACAGAUUUAAUGCAAUCUCUCUGUCAAUUUCGCAAUGCAUUUUUGUUUUUUUAAUUGUCUUGCUUCUGAGCCGAUGUCUACAUGUCGGCCCGGGCAGGCAAGGUGAAUGUAUGAGCAACUCUUCGCCUUUUUUAUUCUCAUCACUGGGAGUCCUUUCAAACAAUUGAUUGUUCGUCAAGGCAUUAUCCUCCAAUAUGUUCUUAACGUUAUCUCUGAGAAAGGGAGAACACUAAUGAAAACUGCGUAACAGACAAUCCCACCCACACAGACAGGUCUGUGCCACAUCGCCUCGACACUCAUGGUGUUUUUCCAUUAAAAACUGAAUGAUGGAAAGAUUCAAAAGUGCAGUAUGGCAUAAGAGUAAUGGUGCUAAUAACACGUUGGAACAUGAUGCUUUGUGAAUACCCUCGACCCCUGUGUACGCUUCUGUUCCCAUCUCAUUUUUUACGUACUGUAUUUGUUGAAGGCAGGGAAAAUGAUGAAAGUAUUUUAAACUCAGAUACGGGUAUCUCCUCUGAUUCAGCACACUCUCUCACUUUAGUUUUUGUGUUUUUUGUUUUUUAAAUUUUAUUUUCAAACAGAAAACCUUACCUGUUGAUUUUUUCUUUUUAAAUGUUAUAGCUACAAAAAUGUAUAUUUUUAAAAAUUGUGAAUCUGUUAUAUGAUGUUCGCUAGAAAUAAAGGGAAAAAAGCUUUAUAGAUUUAA